GCUUCGGGAGGCGAGUUUGUCAAUGGUUGUGCAUGUCGGGAGCAGCCGAUCCAGCAGCUCGGGCGAGCGCUGCACUGGGGGAAAAGAGAGAGAGAGAGAGAGAAUGUGAGAGAGAAUGUGAGAGAGAGAGAGAGAGUAAGCAGAGGAGAGAGGGUGAGAGAGUGAGAGACCCAGCAAACGCCCAGCGCAGCCAUCAAUCUGCAACUUGCAAAAGUCUUGCAAACAAAACACCAAGCGAGAGGGAACAGAAAGAGAAAACAGAGACAAAAAAGUUGAUGCUCACUUUUCGAGGAUACAGUUAGUAGUCAUAUAAUUUUGUGCAGCACUGACUUGACAUAACCAACUGCAAGAAGAAAAAAAACAAAUCUGAGAGAAAAUGAAUUUGGCGACGCUACUCUUUGCGAGUUUGUUGUGUGCAACACUGAAGGUGCGGGGAAUAAUUUCGCAGUCAGUGUGUGCCGGGACUGAGAACAAGCUGAGCACCCUCUCUGACCUGGAGCAGCAAUACCGUGCGCUACGGAAGAAUUACGAGAAUUGCGAAGUUGUCAUGGGCAACCUGGAGAUCACUAACAUCGACCGGAACAGGGACCUCUCCUUCCUACGGUCCAUUCGAGAGGUCACCGGAUAUAUCCUGGCUGCUCUGAACCAGUUUGAAUAUCUGCCGCUGGAAAAUCUGAGAAUUAUUCGAGGAACAAAGUUGUAUGAGGAGAGAUACGCGCUGACUAUUCUGCUGAACUACAAGAAAGAUGGAACAUUUGGAUUGAGGCAGCUGGGCCUGCAAAACAUGACAGAAAUCCUGAAUGGGGGUAUCUACAUUGACCAGAACAAGUUUUUGUGUUAUGUCAACACCAUUCAUUGGCAAGAUAUCGUGCGCGACCCUCACAAUGCUGAUAUUAUAAUCGUCCCCUCCAACACCACUGCAGCAUGUGGGAGAUGUCACAAGUCUUGCAAAGAUCGAUGCUGGGGUCCAUCUGAGAACCAAUGUCAGACCCUCACGAAGACCGUGUGCGCCCAGCAGUGUGACGAACGAUGUUUUAGCCCAUUUGUUAGUGACUGCUGCCAUCGGGAAUGUGCAGGCGGCUGCUCAGGACCCAAGGACACCGAUUGCUUUGCGUGCACCAACUUCAAUGACAGUGGAGCAUGUGUCAUUCAGUGUCCUCUGCCUUUCUUCUACAACACAAUAACAUUCCAGGUGGAACCCAAUCCAAAUGCCAAGUACACCUAUGGAGCCUUCUGCGUCAAGAAAUGCCCACAUAACUUUGUGGUGGAUCACAGCUCCUGCGUACGAGCAUGCCCAAGCAACAAGAUGGAAGUGGAAGAGAAUGGAAUCAAAGUGUGCAAGCCUUGCACCGACAUUUGUCCAAAAGCUUGUGAUGGCAUCGGAACUGGAAGUUUACAGUUGGCGAAAACUGUUGAUUCGAGUAACAUCGGAAAGUUCACAAACUGCACCAAGAUCAAUGGGAACCUAAUUUUCCUCAUAACCGGCAUCGAGGGGGACCCCUAUCAUAAUAUCGAGGCUUUGGAUCCAGAUAAACUGAAUGUCUUCCGGACAGUCCGAGAGAUUACAGGUUUUUUGAAUAUUCAGUCAUGGCCAAGAAAUAUGACGGACUUCAACGUGUUUGCUAAUCUGGUAACAAUAGGAGGCCGAAGUCUGUACAGCGGGAUCUCCCUGCUGAUUCUAAAGCAGCAGUGGGUAACGUCCCUCCAUUUCCAGUCGCUGAUGGAAAUAAGUGCGGGCAACGUGUACGUGUCUGACAACCCCAACUUGUGCUACUAUCAUACUGUCAACUGGACAGUCCUCUUCAGGACCAGCAUGCAGAAACCAGUCAUAAAGAACAACAGAAACUCACAGAACUGCACUUCCGACAGGAUGAUAUGUGAUGUCUUGUGUUCCGAUGAUGGAUGUUGGGGUCCCGGACCAAACCAGUGCCUAUCCUGCAGAUUCUUCCGCAGGGGCAGGACCUGCAUUGAAUCUUGUAACCUUGAUGAUGGGGAUUUUCGAGAAUUUUCAAACGGUACGGUCUGCAUGGAAUGCGAUGAGCAGUGUGAGGAGAUGGAGGAGGGUGUUGUGACAUGUCAUGGAACGGGCCCUGACCACUGCACCAAGUGCUCACACUACAAGGAUGGUCCCAACUGCGUGGAGAAAUGUCCUGAUGGACUUCAUGGUGCCAGUGGCUUCAUUUUCAAGUACUCUGACUCCAACCGAGAAUGCCACCCAUGCCAUGCCAACUGCACCCAGGGGUGCACAGGCCCACGUAUUCGGGACUGCUUCGAGCUGAUGGAUAGGACGCCGCUGAUAGCUGCCGGAGUGAUAGGUGGACUGUUCAUCAUGGUGAUCCUGGGGCUGGUGGUCGCCGUGUAUGUGAGGAGGAAGAGCAUCAGGAAGAAAAGGGCAAUGCGCCGCUUCCUGGAGACCGAGCUGGUGGAACCUUUAACUCCCAGCGGAGCUGCACCUAAUCAGGCCCAGCUUAGGAUUCUCAAGGAGACUGAACUGAAACGCAUCAAGAUUCUAGGCUCUGGUGCCUUUGGGACCGUCUACAAAGGCAUCUGGGUCCCAGAAGGGGAGACGGUGAAGAUUCCUGUAGCUAUUAAGAUCCUACGGGAGAGAACAGGUCCCAAGGCGAAUGUGGAAUUCAUGGAUGAGGCUCUGAUCAUGGCCAGCAUGGACCAUCCGCACCUCGUCCGCCUCUUGGGUGUUUGUCUCAGUCCGACAAUCCAACUGGUCACUCAGUUGAUGCCCCAUGGCUGCCUGCUGGACUACGUCCGUGAACACAAGGAUAACAUUGGCUCACAGCUACUUCUGAACUGGUGUGUUCAGAUUGCAAAGGGGAUGAUGUACUUGGAGGAGAGACGCCUGGUUCAUCGAGACUUGGCGGCAAGAAACGUGCUGGUGAAGUCACCGAAUCACAUAAAGAUCACUGACUUUGGCUUGGCCAGACUGUUGGAUGUGGAUGAGAAAGAGUACAACGCAGAUGGCGGAAAGAUGCCGAUUAAAUGGAUGGCCUUGGAGUGUAUUCACUACCGGAAGUUUACCCAUCAAAGUGACGUGUGGAGCUAUGGUGUCACUAUCUGGGAGUUGAUGACGUUUGGUGGGAAACCAUAUGAUGGAAUCCCAGCCCGUGAAAUACCGGAUAUACUGGAGAAAGGAGAACGCCUUUCCCAGCCUCCAAUCUGCACCAUUGAUGUCUAUAUGGUGAUGGUCAAAUGCUGGAUGAUUGAUGCCGACAGCAGGCCCAAGUUCAAGGAGCUGGCAGCGGAAUUUUCUAGAAUGGCUCGAGAUCCACAGAGGUACUUGGUAAUUCAGGGAGAUGACCGUAUGAAGCUGCCCAGCCCAAAUGACAGCAAGUUUUUCCAAAGUUUACUGGAUGAAGAGGAGCUGGAGGACAUGAUGGAUGCUGAGGAGUAUCUAGUCCCACAGGCCUUCAACAUCCCCCCUCCCAUCUACAGCUCGAGACAGAGGAUUGAUUCUAACCGGAGCCAAGCAGGACACAGCCCUCCACCUGCCUACACUCCCAUGACAGGAUGUCCCCAUGUUGAAUUUGUCCAGUGCUCCAAUUCAACCUGUGCCGGUCAUCAUAAAGAUGUGCUCACAAAAUCACCAAAGCAGAACCAGUUUGUGUAUCGUGACGGGGUCUUUGGGCCGGAAGAAGGGCUGCCGGUGCACGGGCUGUCCCUCAGCUGCUCUGGGACCACCCCGCUGGAGGAACAGGGUGCAGCCUCUCCGCUGGAGGUGUUCGACGACAUGUGCUGCAAUGGGACACUGAGGAAGCAGGUCCCACGGCAACGGGAAGACAGCAGCACCCAGCGGUACAGCGCUGACCCCACCGUCUUCCUGUCGGAGCGUGGGCAGAGGGGUGAGCUGGACGAGGGGGGCUACAUGACCCCAAUCCAGGACAAAAAGACCACAGUAGUUUGUGAGCGAGCAGGACCUACUCAGGAGGACCGAACACUGACAAGACUAUCCAAGGCAGACACCAAGCCCAAACAUUCGCGCGCAGAGUUCUUGAACCCGGUGGAGGAGAACCCAUUUGUGACUCUUCGGAAAAAUGGUGACGUCCAUGCUCUGGAUAACCCGGAGUACCACAAUGUCCCAGAGGGGCCGCAGACCACGGAGGACGAGUACGUGAACGAACCCCUCUAUCUCAAUACGUUUGUCAAUGUGGUCGAGAACCCAGAAUACCUACAGGACAAGAUUGCCAUAUCAGAAAACGUUGACAAGGCCUUUGAUAACCCUGACUACUGGAACCACAGUUACCUGUCCAAAGGUACCAUGCACAAUCCUGAGUACCUGCACGAGUACGGCACAAAGUUUUUUUACAAGCAGAAUGGACGCAUCAAACCCAUCGUGGCAGAGAACCCUGAGUAUCUUUCAGAGUUCUCACUAAAGCCAGGGACUGUACUGCCUUCAUAUGGACAGCGUAACACAGUGGUGUAACCUCACACCUCCUGGGAUUCCAGCUUCACUGGACCUCCUCAUCAAACUAGAAACUGGUAUCCUCAAUGAUAACUGGAAGGAAUAUGUCUGAGGUCUUAGUACUGACAAACUUUGUCUGAACUGAAGGAGAGUUGGAUUGCUAGAAUUCAGCCCUAGUCCAAUUCGAAGCUUCGGAACUGACACCCGUUACAAAGCAAUAUGGUUAUAAACUGAAAAAUGAAGGAUUGCUGUGGAAGUACCAAAAAUGUAGAUCUUUGGGAUUGAGUUUUCUUUUGGACCUUCCACAAGAUGAUUCAGAAAGUUAUGGUCAAGGAACAGAGUGCAAUAGCCUGUAAAUGGGGGGAUGGGGAGGAGGGUGGGUGUGGAUGGCUCCGGGAGUGUUCAAAUUGAGGGUUAAUUCUCAAAUAUUGUUUGUCCAACCAAACAUAACCCUCUAAUUAGGGUGAAAAUCCACAAACUCAGUCCAUCAGUAACACUAAGGUAUGAAUUUUUUUUGGGGGGGAGGAUCAUGCUAACAUCUCAAUAUCUGGUACAGGUUGAAUCCUCUAAAUUGGUACGCUGGCAUGGCACCCCAUGUAGUAAAUUUUUUCAACAAUUGACAAUGGAACUAACCUGGAUGGGCCUGACCUGACUACUGGCCCUGAAGCAAGCACAUCUCAUUGUUGAUUGACCCCUUUCCACCCCUAUACCCACUAUUUACCUGAACACUAUAGCAGGCUUCAUUUUGAAGGUGGCUUUAUUAUGUAGCAGAUCUCUCAAUUCUUUUUUGUACUUAAAUACAGUUUAAUAAUGGAUAACCUUUGAAAAAAUUGGAAAGUAGUGCCAUUCUUAAUUCUAAAUAAUAGAUUGAGAGAACAGUUUUGUAAUUGAAUAAUUAAUGGAAGGGGUUUGUUUUGUCUUUGAUAAGCACACAUCAUUUAUGCCAAUUGUGUUUAUUACUAAGGUUGAUAUUGUAAAUGUCAUGAUUAUGCUGCUUUUAUUACGUCUCAUCCAGUGUUGCUUUACCGUCACUGGCACGAAGACAUGAACUCAUUCAGUCAGCAAUGGGGCCACCAGAACAACACGUAUUAAAAAGAUACACUUUUUUUUAGCCAGUUGGACAGGAGUUCAAGAGGCAGGCUGGAUCUUAUCAGAGAGGUGAAGCUAGAAGUCCUGUACUAACUGAAGCUGGCCAAUCAGUCACUGGUUGCAUUCAGUCAGGAAAGAAAGCAAGACAGCUUGGCGCAGAGUUGACACACACUGGCUGACUCAGGCAAUUGCACCUGCAAGGUUCCCCAGCAUUACCGAAGCUUGCAUAUCUUCACAGAAAGAAGUGAAGGAAUGUGAGUGAACUCAGCUAAUCAGCCCAUUGAUAUCUUUUUUCUGGAAAUGAUAAAGUGCUGGUAUCUCAAGGUGUCCUUCCCUGCAGUGUUAGAGUAAUUGCUCGCUCUUUACCAAAGCCACAAGGUUAAUCGGAAAUUACAUGACUGAUUACUGCUUGGCUCUAUAGCAUUGCUCUCCGGAAACACCACAUUGCAAGUUUUCCCAAAGGCAGUGCUGCAAUAGUGUUGAACAUGAAAAAGAACACAAUGUCUAUUUACAAUCUAGGUCAGUCGAUUCUGUCAACAAUUUGUCGUUAAGUGCUUCAAAGGAUUGUUGUUUUAUCCUAUUAUGAUGCUAACCAUUGCUUAAUAUUUUUGUCCCAGGGCCUAGACACCUUAUUUAACCUGCAUUUAAAUGUUUUGAUCAAAUUGGGUGCAUAUCAGUCAUUAAAACAUAUCGCAGUCUCCAAUGGGAGAUAAGCCGGGGAUACUCAAAGGUUGAAAAAUCUCCUCUUUAAACUAAAGAUGAAUGGGGCUGAGGAGAUUCAGGUCACUGCAUGGGUUUGGUUUGCGGGCCAGCUGGCCAUAUGGUGACUGGUUUGUCAUGUACACCAGUGACUUUAUGUGAGAUUUAAUAACUCAUAUAAAGACAGCAAAAUGGUGGGGUAGAAACUCAAAAGUGGUCAUCUCUGCGUUGAACAAUCUUGUAAGUGCUGUCUGACAGUGAGAGGCUUUGAAAAUCAGGUUGAAAUUUAAAAAAGGUUUUGCAGCAGUUCACACAGUGAGAAAGGGGAUUUGUUGGGUUCCCAUCACAAGCCAUACAUAGAGCCUUCUACUGCCACAUUCCUACCAUGUUAACUGCUGGGAAGGUGGACAAAGAUCUCUCCCAAUGGCAGCCACAGAGGUGAGAAAAAUUCCAUGGUUAGGCAGCUCAACGAUCUCCAUUUUGUGUUUAAUCUUGAUCUCAUGCCCCAGUCAUGCCCAAUUCUAUGAACGGCCCAUGCCUCCGUGAGGUAUGAAUAGAAUAAUCUAACCGAUAUGACAGCUUCGUGUACUGAGAUGCAUAACAUGGAAAUGCCGCAUAAAAUGAAAGCCAAGAGUAGUCACAGUAAUGAAAAAUAAGUCCAGCCGAAACUGUGAGUUAAAUAUUAAUGUCACACUGGGAACCCGUCAACUCAACACUCUGCUAAUUUGUUAUCGGAUUGCUUCUUGAGUUUUGAAUUUGAUAAACAAUGUUACACCUUUAUGCAUGAAUUUAUUUCAGUAACCGUGACAACAGCCACUGCACGAGCAAUGACAUCAUUGGGUGUGCGGGCUGAUGCAAGGAAAAUGUCAACUGCGUUGAGGUGAAUCACACAUGGAAGCUCCCGGAAUAAUUUCCCAAUGGGCACAGAUUGAUCCAGAAUUGAUUACUAGAGCGAUCUAACCUGGGGAACACUGCACAUAAUGGAAACGCAGUCAAAUGGAUCCAACUCCUUGAGGUUUUGUCACACAUUAAGUGGCAUAUCUUGUCAUGGUCAAAAUCAGGAGCUAUUGUCAGCAUUCUGCAUAGACGACAUGUAUAAUAGAAUGUAUCUUUUUUCUAAGCAAUUGUAAGUACAGAUACAUACGAUGGAAACGUCAUACAGAAACUGACAGCAAUAACUGUAGUUCUAGAUGACAGUGCAAUUGUAACCUGACUGGGGACAUCUGACACUAACUAUGGCUGUUUUUCAGAUUUGAAGAACUUUGCAGAGUUAUGGGUCAGACUUAAUUACAGUGAGGUUUGUUGGAUAGGACUUUCAGAGAGUCAGUACAAGCAUGAUGGGUUGAGUGGCCUUCAUGUGGUGUUAAGCAGCGGCUAUUAAUAAGUGCGUGGAACUACUGCGUCAAGAAACUUUCCUUGUUCUCUAUCUACACGUAAACAUAAAGCAUUCAAAUUCAGAGCAGGAGUAGGCCACGCUGUCCCUUGAGCCUGCUAGCCUAUUCGAUAAGAUCACAGCUGAUCUUACUGUAACCUCCUCUCAACAUUCCCAUCAGGUCCAGUAACGUUUCACCCCUUGAUAUGUUGGUAGGUCAUAACAUCUCAUAUGUCAUCUCUCUGUUUCCUCUGACGUUCUGGUUAAUACAUGAUGCACGGGCACAUAGGAGCCAGUAGCAGGAGGAGGAGGCCAUUCAGCCCUAUGACACUACUAUAUCAGUCAAUGUGAUCAUGGAUGGUCCCCUAUCCCAAUACCAUAUUGCCAUUCUCUCCCCUUUACCCAUAGAUGACGUGCCUAGAAAUCUAUCUGACUUCUUAUAUAUAUUCUGUGACUUGGCCACCACAAGCUUCUGUAGUAGAGACUAUCAGAACUUCACCAACCUCUGGGUGAAGAAAUGCCUCCUCAUCCCACCCAUAAAUGUCACAUCCUUUGACUUCCAACUGUGACACUGGUUCUGGAUCCUCUAACCCCAAUCUUGAGUAAGAGAGUGAUCAGGUCUACAGCCAGAAGCAGAGUCCAACCAGUGAUUUCUGUGUUGGUAUGAGACAAAGAACCUGCUUCCUUUUCCAAUCUAGUCUUUUUCCCACAGAAUGUCACCACAGUAGGUUGUUAUAGUGUUAUACAACACAGAAUCAGGCCCUUCAGCCCAAUCCAUUCAUGCCAACCUUCAAUGCCUUGCCUAUUUGUCAGCGUCUUUUUUCCAUCCCAGUGAUAGAAAGUCCAUCUUUGGGCAAUUGUAUCUUCCCUCUUUGAUACAUCUUCUUUUAUUUCAACAUGGGGGUGUUCCUCGGGAUAGGCCUUUGUGUCUGAGUAUCACAGUAGUGAGGGAAAUCUCCAUACGGAGAUGGUAAUGACAUUACUGCAAGCUUGCUGGCCUGGUGUAAGAAAGGUGAAUGGGAGGGGCGGUGUGGUGUGUAAGCACAAUUGGUGGCAUUCCCCAGCAACAACACCUCCACCCAAUCAAAAUUCCAUCAGUAUCCAUUCUCUGGUGGCCUUUCACUUCCCUCUCCUUUGAGCUUCAACCUCAAAGAAUUCAAUGUUCCCUGGAACUAUUAAUAAUCAAUCAUCCUGCCUUGAGUUUAGAAAUGCUUUGACAGCAUUAGUUAAUGUAUCGUUUAGCCUGACUAAAACAUCGGGUUCUCAAAUUCAAUUUACAAGAGGCACAUUUAAUUCCAGAGAGGAAUAUUAUUGAUGUAUAGAGAAGAGUUUGUAUAUACCGUUCCUGUGCACAGCCUGGCUUUUCAUAUAAUCACUGUUUUCAACAAUCUGAUGCCUGUAUGAAAGUCUGGCCAGAAGAUCAUUUUAUCAAGGUCACCUUAACCAUACUAUUAUAUGAUUCAUUCCACUGUGAAUCACUGUGAGGGAUCCUUGGGAUGUGAUAAGCUGCAGUCGACGUGUUAAAUAUUAACUGCUUGCAGUUUCAAUGGGAGCAUUAUUGUGCAGAGGUUAAUCGCGCUUCGAACUGGGGACUGGACAGAUAAUUGACUUAUACAUCAGAUGUGGUGUCCACAACACACUAGUCCUGAGCAGACCGCCAGGAGGACCCGGGAAAGCUACAAUAUGAACAGAUCAAGGUCCAACCACAAUAGUUGUCUGUAUCUGCCUGAUUUAGACAACUGGUUUAAAGUUUUCUCUUGCGUUUUUGGUAAAAUGUCUCCCUUAUUAUUUUGUUUAAAGUUAAUACACAGCAUGAAGGGAUAAUGUGAACAAAGACUUAGGUAAUAUUUUCACAAUGAGAGCCAACUGCUGUUCAUUCUUUCUUGAAGUUCAGAUGGGCCCUAGCUCCCUGUAGAUCUCAAACUGAUAUACAUGAAACAUAUUGGCUUUAGAAUUUUAUUGAGGAUACAAUCAACACUCUGUGAGGCUGUGUGAAGUGAUUAGUAAACAUCAUUUGAUAUGGAUUACUUGAUUCUAGGAAGCUUGCUUAAACCAAAUCUUCUUCAAACUGAAGAAGGGUCUUGACCCAAAAUGUUCCCCAUUCCUUCUCUCCAGAGAUGCUGCCUGUCCCACUUUUUGUGUCUAACUUCAACUUUUUUUUAGGACAGGGUUUUUCAUUGGGACGGGUUAAAGAAUUGGAGGAUGGUUCAUAGAGGGACAUUCAGACUUUAGGGUUUAGCCCACUGCUGGAAUCUCAGAGCUCGUAAAAUCUCUGUCCCACGGUACGAGUUCAUUCCAAGAGCUCUACCGAAUUUUCCCCGAUUCGAACUCGGAGAUUUACGAUAAUGGCCACUCGUCGGUACUCGGGGCUCUCGUGGACAUUUUUCAACAUGUUGAAAAAUCUUCACGAGUUUUCCCGUGCUUAUCUCCCGUUAGUGAGUCUUGCCGAGUAUCUGCCGUUAACGUUACGAGCCGCUAAAAGACGUCCCCGAGCUCCGACUUACCCACUACGUUCAUUCUCCGUGCUUACUACGAGUUUGAUUUUUUUUAAACUCGGGACAGCUCUUGGAAUGAACUCGUACCGUGGGACAGGGCUUUUAGGCUGUAUCAAGUCAGACAUGAGGCCUAAAAGGAGCUGGUGAACAAUGGGGCUUUGAAAUUUAAAACAUUUGAUUGUGAAUGACUUUGUGUCGCAGUGUAUGAAUGAUCAGCCAACCCAACAUCUAGGAGUGCUCCACACAGUGAAUUUACCUGGGGUGGAUUCUCAUUGGACAACUUGGAACUUUAGAUAAUGUAACCGAGGUCACUAGCACCAAACAUUACACAUGGGCAAGUUCACCAGGAAAUCAUUAUACCAAGCUUAUCCUGUCACAGUGAUCUGUACAAAGCAAGCUUCAUUGUUUUCCAUGAUUCUAUUUUAUCCAUCUUUUUUCAUAUUGCUAUAAGUUUAUUUUUAACUGCUGGUAAUUGCACAUCAACUUCAAUAGAGUGCAUGCGGAAUACAGAAAAUCUUUGCAAGAGUUUAUUCCGUGCAUUGAAACUGAUGAACUGUUUUACUUGGAAGCCUGAGGCAGAUUGUGUUGUUGUAGAAAGAAUACCAGCAGUCUGAUUGUCCACAGACACUAUCAGUCCAGUGUCCUGCUGUGUUAAACUUGUGAAAUGUGAACCUUGAUACUUCUCUGAUUUCUGUCCUUUGUGGAAGUAAGUAAGUAAGUAAGUAAGUUUAUUGGCCAAGUAUUCACAUACACGGAAUUUGCCUUGGUGCUCUGCCCACAAGUAACAACAUGACAUACAGUGACAGUUACAAAUGACUCAGAAAACACUACACAUUCAUAAUAAUAAAACAUUAAUGAUAAAACACCAUUGAUCAAGCUUGUGAACCAACAAAUACCAGAUCAAAGGGAGGCUACAGAUUUUUGGCUGUUGAGUAGAGCUACUCGUGGAUAAAAACUGUUUUUAUGUCUGGCUGUGGCAGCUUUGACAGUCCGGAGUCGCCUUCCAGAGGGAAGUGAUUCAAAGAGUUUGUGGCCAGGGUCAGAGGGGUCAGAGAUGGUCUUGCCUGCUCGCUUCCUGGCCCUUCCAGUGUACAGUUCAUCAAUGGAGAGAAGGUUGCAGCCAAUAACCUUCUCUGCUGAUCGGACGAUUCGCUGCAGCCUCCUGGUGUCGUGCUUGGUGGCUGAGCCAAACCAGACCAUGAUGGAGAAGGUGAGAAAAGACUCUACGAUGGCUGUGUAGAAUUGGACCAUCAAGGCCUAUGGCGGAUUGUGCUUCCUCAGCUGUCGUAGGAAGUACAUCCUCUGUUGUGCCUUUUUGAAGGGUAAGGUGGCCUCACAUGGUUGCUGUUGGCAGUGCUUUUGGGGUUAUCAUCGUGGGCCUAAUGAGCCAGGUAUCUAUAUUUAUGUGUUUCUAGGCUACAGACAUCACAGGCAUGUAAGGUCUAGGUAACGGGUGGGUCCAGAAUCUCAUUGAGACCAAACCGAGAAGGCACAUCUGAGCGGCAUUAGUGAAUUGGUUGGGAGUUUAUAACAAGACAGUAGUUUUUUAGCUAUUGUUACCUAGAGUACUUAAAUCCCAGUAGAAACAAGGAACUGCAGAUGCUGGUUUAUCAAGGCAAGACACAAAAUGCUGGACUAACUGUGGGUCAGGCAGCAUCCCUGGAUAACAUGAAUAGGUGAUGUUUUGGGUCAGGGCUCUUCUUCAGACUGAUUGAUUAAACUACUGGAAUUUAAAUUUUACAGCUGCCAUGGUGGGAUUCAGACCCAAGCCGGAUCAUUUAUCCGGAACACCAACAAACUGAAUUAAUUUGUGAAUGAUUUUAACUUAAUAAGAAGAUCUCUUUGUUUAAAGAACAUGCAAUUGAAAUUCAUUAUCAAGAUACCAAUCCACAUUUUAACACUUUGGAUGCUCUUCACUCCCCCUUGACUGCCAGGCCUAUCUCUUCUAUCAGAGCAAGGGUAAGGGGGGGGCAGGUGCUAGGGCUUCCCAUUGCCCUUAUUAGCAGUCCCAUGUUGACCCUUGACAAUUCAGUUUCUUCUGUCUUAAGGCUUUUUGGCUUCCAGUUUAUAUAUUGUCUGUGAUAAAUGCACUGGUGUUGGGGCUGGUAUUCAGUCAUGAUGAUUGAUUGGUUGGUAUGGCUCGUAGGUAAAAAAUAAUUAAUACCUUACAACAGUCUCCAAAUUAGGUUACUUGGAGUUAUGACAGAUACACAUUACCAAUGAGACUGGCUGUUGGGUGGGAAAUCUGCCAAAGGAGUCUUAAUGGCAUGCGUUUCCAUACAAAGAAAAAAAAAAUUCUCGUAGCACCGUCACCCCCUUCACCUCAACAUUCAUGUUCUACUCAAAGCUCCAAAUAAAUACCAAAUCCAAAUCUUAAUGAAAUACCCCACAUGGCUCACAUCCAGAGACAAUGUUACUGUAAGUGACUGGAUUGCUUUAAUGCACAUAUAGCUACUCUAUAACUAUCCUUCACUCACAAAAUGCAGGUGAAAUAACCCUGCUGUUAUCAAGAGAAUUUGCAGUAGUUUGAUAAUGUGCUCUGUUUGUUGUAAUGCAUAGAAACUUGGUCUAAUGUAACUACAUUCUGUCUGAUGUAAAUCCUGCCCUAAUUCCUAAUCCAUUAACUCACAGUUCAUUAAAUAUUUCCAAACUGGAAGUAAUGACUAACAAUCACUAACGUGGUCUGCAAUACUUAUCCUUUUAUUGAAGGGAUCAUGUUCUGCAUUGGAGCUUGGUGUUUACACAAGUAACUCAGAAUGGUUUGAAUGGAAAAUUCCAAAGACAAAAUAUAUUUUUGGGAUGGCCACAGCAUUGUAAAAAAGCACUGUAGGUACCCUGUGUAAAAAGGUGGUGUUUCCUUUCGAUUAAAUCAUCGUAUGUUCCCUCGGCCUUUGCUGUGUUGCAGGAUAAAGAGUUGACCAAUGAAACUCUGAGCAAAUAUUGAUACUGAAUUCACUGCAUUACACGGAAAAUGUGAAUAGUAUUUUUUAUAGAUUGUUAAAGAAAUGGCUAGAUGCAUCUGUAAAUAAGGGAGACUGUUGCUUUUAAUUUGUGGAAUUGUUUUAUUUGAGGCAUACUUGUUCCUUUAGGGUUGUUUUGUAUAUAUAUGUAUUUGGACUGUGGCUUUUUUAAAUUCACAGCCUUGUAGAACUGCUGAUGAUUAUGUGUUCAGCACUAGUUAACGUGGUGUUUUAACUUUUGCGCUCGGCUGUAGCUAUAGGAAGCCUUAGCUCUAUGUCUGGUGUCUUAUUAAUUAGCUUUUGGGAACUCAGCUUAAAACAAAUAACUGUAUUCACAAUACCAAUAACUAACGUUGAAGCUAUAAUUCUCUUCAGCCUCUAGUUUAGCUUCUUAUGCUCUUUUCUUUCAGAUGGCAAUGUUCAUUCCUGGCCUUUGAUUUUUCUGUGCUCAUUCACAGUGUAAACCUGCCUCCUAACUUCUGUUUGAGUGUUUAAGUAGAAUGAUGCUUUAAAGCUGGGUUAUAUUGCAGCAACCUACAGCUUAGCCAUCAUCUAUGCUGUACAAUUUGAAGAUUUCUUCCUUUUUGUUACAUGAAUCUGUCAAAAAUAUAUUUUUAAUUUAAUAUAAACAAACUUAAAUAAACUGUGAACC